AUGUCUCUGCGUCGAAUUCAGAGAGUACCCCGGCGGCAGAUACUCUCGCUGACCCGGUUUAACUUCUACACACAACAGAGAUGUGGCUUCCGGAAGGCCCCAAAAAAGGCUGAGGUCAAGAAGGGAGAGAUGGAGGAAGCUGGACCUAAGCAAACAGUCCCCAGUGAGGAGGUUGCCCAGAGGAAGGGAUACUCCCUCCAAGCGGAGACCCCUGCUCUCCACAUUCCCCGCAGGUCCUUUGGAAAACUUCUGAAGCCUCUGGUAUUCACAGUUGGGUUUACAGGCUGCUCCUUUGGUGCUGCGGCUAUCUGGCAAUACGAGUCUCUGAAGUCACGUGUGCAGAGCUACUUUGACGAGGUCCGAACGGAUUGGCUGGAAAAACUACGGCCGCAGAAACAGGGCGACAUCCGCAAACAGGUGAACCAGUGGUGGAACAGUCUGAGCGAGGGUCAACGGACAGUUACAGGGAUCAUUGGCUUGAAUGUCCUGGUGUUUUGCUGUUGGAGAAUCCCCUCCUUGCAGAGAGCUAUGAUCACAUACUUCACCUCCAACCCUGCGUCCAAGGCACUGUGCUUUCCCAUGAUCCUCUCCACCUUCAGCCACUACUCGCUGUUCCACAUGGCGGCCAACAUGUAUGUGCUGUGGAGCUUUUCUUCCAGCAUUGUGUCUUUGCUCGGCCCAGAGCAAUUCAUGGCUGUCUACCUGUCUGCAGGUGUUAUCUCCACGUUCGGCAGCUAUUUGGCUAAGACAGCCACAGGACGCCUGGGUCCUUCACUUGGGGCGUCAGGUGCCAUAAUGACAGUCCUGGCCGCAGUCUGUACUAAGAUGCCUGAGGCCAAGCUGGCCAUCAUCUUCCUGCCCAUGUUCACCUUCACCGCAGGCAGCGCCUUGAAAGCCAUUGUUGCCAUGGAUACAGCAGGCCUUUUUCUGGGAUGGAAGUUUUUCGAUCACGCUGCCCACCUGGGCGGGGCCCUGUUUGGAAUUUGGUAUGUUUCAUAUGGCCACGAGCUAAUCUGGAAGAACCGCGAGCCGCUCGUGAAGUUCUGGCACGACCUGCGGACCAAGGGCCCGGGCGGGGGCGGGGGCGGGACCGGCUCCUUCUAGGCUGGUUUUGGGGAAGGGAGCUGGGGACGCCAUUGGUCUCCCAUGCGGAGACGGACAUGUGAAACGCGCCUGUUGCCUGGACUGCAGGAGGAGAGGAUUCUGGGAAUGGGCUCCUCUCCCAGGCCCUUGUAUAAACUGUUUUAUCCCUCUGUGUAAAUCAUGCAGCUGUUUUUCAUUAAAAUAAUCUCUGAGAGACUUUUCACCGAGCAGAGAGGGUUCUGCUUGUUUCUCUGCUGGGGGCACUAGA